UAAUGGAUUAGUUUAGGGAUUCAAUUGUACUUUUUUAGGUUUAGUGAUCUAAUUACACUAUUGUGUGCAGUUCGAUGGUCUAUUUGACUCUUAUUCUAUAAUUAAGAUUGUUAACCAUCAUAAGAAUGAGAGUCUCAUUAAUGUGAAGUGUGAAGAAUACAAGAGAGGGAGAUUCAAAGUAGAUUAAAUGAAGCCUGGUAGUUCCCAAGUGCUGAUUUGCAGAAAACAGCUUUUUCCUUGUACAAAACUGCAGGUGCCUCUGAUUCUUUUUGAGUUUUUGAUGACUCCUAGGUUGCUACUUCUUCAUGCAUGAAUUUUUGUUUUUAGUUUUUUUUUUUUCAAUAAGUUUAAACAUUUGGUAUUUGCAUAUUCGGAGAAAAAUAAUACUGUUUAUAAGGUUCAAACAUCCAACCUUACUAAAAUAUACUUUGUAACAUGGUGGAUCAUAUGAUAAUUGCAACACUAUUUUGAUUUGGUUGUUUUACGGGAUAUAAUCAAAUCAAGUUUAAUAAUAGCAAAAAUGAGUAAUUAAUGGUAAUUUAAAUUUGUAUGUGAUCUAAGCAUGAGUAUCUUUUUAAUUAAAGAAAUAAAAUUGUAUAAUUCAGACUAAAAUCUUUACUCGAUAUACUAUUGUCCUUAACCUUAUCCGCACGAAAAUCUUCAAAAAAUAAAAAAGUAUAAAACAAUGGGCAUCCUGUCAAAAUAUGAUGGAUGGGAUUAACGGAAUCCAACGUUCACGCCAUAAACCCUGUUUAAAAUCCCCUACUUUCACUCUCAAUCCUCGUACAAUUCUGCCAUGAUCCACACACUGGUUGUUCUUCUGUUCCUCACGGCGGCGGCCACCUCAAAAGCUGACAUUCAUGAUCUUCUGAGGAGCAAGGGGCUUCCUGCGGGGCUGUUCCCCAAGAAUGCGGUGGAGUACUAUGAUCUUGAUGAGAAUGGGCGGCUGGAGGUGUUCUUUGAGCGGCCGUGCGUGGCCAAGUACGAGACGAUGGUGAUGUUUGAUAGUGUUGUGAGAGCUAAUCUGAGCUAUGGUGGGCUGACUGGGUUGGAGGGUCUGUCUCAGGAAGAGCUGUUUCUAUGGCUGCCUGUUAAGGAGAUCAUAGUUUAUGACCCUUUGUCUGGGUUGAUCUUGUUCGAUAUUGGCCUGGCUUACAAGGAGUUGUCUUUUUCUCUCUUUGAAGACCCCCCUAUUUGUUUGCCUCAAGGUGCAUUGAUGGAGGUGGAGUCUGGAUUGCAGAUUGACAGAUACAAAACAUUGCCUUUAUCUGCAGCUUGAUAUGAUCUAUUGAUCUGAUCUGAUAUAACAUGGAAUAGUUAGAUUUUGGUGCAGUUUUCUUGGCUUUGUGUAAUGUGUGAAGGAAAAAGUGGAAGAAAUUCAGGUUUCAUUAUGUGCUUUAGGUUGUAAAAUGGGUUUGUCUGUGGAAGUUGUGAAAAGAAACUGAAUAAUAUUUAUGUGUUUUUAAUUCAUCUA